UUUUGUUGACACCGAACUGCGCAGAUAUAGGAGAGGGAGAUAACUCUCGUUGACUGUGAGAUCCUUAAUGCAAAUCGAGACCAGAGUAAACAUUGGAGACUUUCCUACAUAAACGGUUUGAUACUUCGAGCACUGAAUAUUUUUGCUUCAAAAUACCGGUUUUUCUUAGCAGUUGCAUCUCUCUUGCUAACUGGAUUAAUUCUGCCUCCUUCUAUAUUUUCUUCCUCUAUAUUGUUUUUGCAAUAGAACGCAAACAAGAAGCCAGAAUUGAUCUGCACAUUGCGUUAUUUUUAUGUGUUUACAUAUACAUAUAUAUAUUCGCACAUGUAAUUGCUAAAUUUUAUUCCAAUUAAGUACGGAAUUAACUUCAGGUUUAAUCGAAUAACCGACUGUAAACAACUAUAAUAUACGUUUAUUCCUUACUGUAUCGAAAUUUAAAUAACUUGUUUGGUAAUUCAAAAGAACUAAUUGUAUGUUCCAUCUGUUAACUACCUUCACAAAUCAUUAUUAAUACGACACACUUAUAUCCAUAUUGUCAAUUUAUUCUUUACUUUUGAUAUACUUCAUCUCAAAGGAAAUAUUUUUUCACCUCUGUAUUUCAAAAAAUCAGUCCAUCUGUUACGGUUUAGUUAACUGUUGUCAGUCACACCCAAAAAGCCUACAAAUGCAUUCCAAACUUGCUCGUUGCGGAAAUGGGUUUGUUAUUGGUUUUGUUUCUCGUAUUUUACGCACAAGAAAUGAUUUUAGUAGAUCUAAUUGUAGCACAUUAAUAUAUUGCAAAGAAACAACACAUUUACGUUCAUUAAAACGUUUAUGCUCACUUAAACAUUACGUUCAGUAAACGUUAUUACUACUUUAAAAAUACACCUUUUAAAGAAAAUACAUCCUAAUUUAUUGAUUAGCUAUUUUAGUUUGUCUGUAUUUGCUUCACGUGAUAUAGUUUACUGUUUCUGGUGAUAUAUAUUUUGGGUAAAUUUUUAUAAGUACAUUUACCGUUAUUUAGUUAACAUUUUGGUAGCGUCGAAAUUAUUUAUUAAAUGGUUCAAGUGUAUGACUACAAUUGAUAGUCAUUGAACAAAAGUUGAGGAGUUAUCAUUUUUCGUACUGUUAUUUAUCAAAAUUUACAGUUUUAUCUGUAGUCACAAUUUAGUCUAUUAAGCAUGGAUGUUGAGCAACUAUUUUUAAGCUGCCGAAUUGGCGAUUUGAAAACUGUCGAAUAUCUUGUGGAUGAAAAAGAUGUGGAGAUUAAUAUCCAUGAUAAAUGGGAUAGCACACCUCUAUAUUAUGCCUGCCUGUGUGGUCAUAUUGAUGUUGUAUAUUUUCUUUUGACUCGAGGUGCUAAAUGUGAGAGAAAUACCUUCGAUGGGGAGAGAUGCCUUUAUGGUGCCUUAAACAAUGAGAUUCGGAAUCUACUGAAGUCUUUCAAAGUUAUUACAGCUAAAAUUCUGCAGAGAAAUAUAUUUGAUGAAUACUUGCAAAGGUUACAAGAAGACAUUACAUUUUCUGACAUCAUAUUUUAUGUGCAUGGGGUCCGUUUUUCAGCGCACAAGGCUGUUCUGUCAAGUCGUUGCUCUUAUUUUGCUGAGCUUUUCAAUACAAAAUGGAAGAACAAAUCUGAAGUGAAUCUGAAUCACCAACUUAUUUACCCGCAAGCAUUCAAAGCUCUUUUAGAACAUUUAUACACAGAUACCUCAGAAAUUGGUGUGGACUACGUCGAUGACUAUGUUCGUCUAGCAAGACACUGUAAACUCGAUGCUUUAGAAGAUGCCGUAAGCCGAAAUCUCAGAAAGCUGUAUAGCUAUGUUUCUUCAAAGCCUUGUAUCAAAAUAACAACCAUAACCGUGGAGUGUGAAUCGGUUACACAGAACUUACAAACUGACUUUCUCAAACUGGCCAACGCAACUCAGCCUCAUGAACUUGGUUCUUGGCCAAUUAGGGAACUACCAUUUGAUCCUGAAUAUCCCAGCAUGUUUGCAGAUAUAGGAUUUAUAGUGGAAGGUUAUCGCUUUUUAGGUCAUAAGUGCAUCCUUUCUACACGAACUGACUACUUCAAAGUUCUCCUGACAGACCAUUUCAAUGAAAGUGAGAACUCUGAAGGGAUUCCUUUUCUCAGUUUACAUGAAGUCAGUGCUUUAGUCUUCCGACAAAUUAUGUAUUUCAUCUAUACAGACAGCUGUGAGAUAUCUGAAUCCAAUGUCUCUGAUGUCCUCUACACUGCUGAUAUCUAUCUACUUCCUGGUUUAAAAAGACAGUGUGCAAAUUUCAUGUCCAAGAACUUAGAAGUUCAGCAGGUUGUAUCAGUCUUAAGAAUAGCACGACUAUUUAAUCUGUAUCGUUUACAAAAUCAGUGUGCUGAAUAUAUGGCUACCAACCUUGUGAAGGUCAUACAACUGCCAGACUUUGCUGAAUUGGUCCAGGAAGAUGCACAUAGUGUUAAGGAACGGCAAGAGACUGACAGUAUUGAGAUAAUUGACAAUGUUCGAUACUACUUGACCAACUUCGUCCAAACUUUCAGUGACCUUCAGGAGACCAAGGAGAAGUUGGUGCUUAUUGACCAACUUCUCGAGGAACUGGACCUCAACGGAUGAAGAUUUCUCUUCAAGGAACAGUAUUCUGCAUACCUACAUGUGCACAGACAUUCAUAAAUGUACACGUCCAUACAAAUACACACCUAUAUACUUACACAUAGGUACAUAUGCAUAUGCAAUUAUAUACAUAUAUAUAUAUAUAUA